UUGGGGGGGCGGGGUUUGAUGCAAGGUGAACUUCACAGUGGACCAAAUUCGGGCAAUUAUGGACAAAAAAGCCAAUAUACGAAACAUGUCUGUAAUUGCUCAUGUGGAUCAUGGCAAGUCCACUUUGACUGACUCACUGGUUUGUAAAGCUGGGAUUAUUGCCUCUGCCCGGGCUGGUGAGACUCGUUUCACCGAUACAAGAAAAGAUGAACAGGAAAGAUGUAUUACCAUCAAAUCCACUGCCAUCUCUCUCUUCUAUGAGCUAUCUGAGAAUGACUUAAACUUCAUCAAGCAAACUAAAGAUGGAGCUGGUUUUCUUAUCAACCUCAUCGACUCUCCUGGGCAUGUGGACUUUUCAUCCGAAGUGACAGCUGCUCUCCGGGUUACUGAUGGUGCCUUGGUAGUUGUUGACUGCGUUUCUGGAGUGUGUGUGCAGACAGAGACAGUACUACGCCAGGCAAUUGCUGAGAGAAUUAAGCCUGUUUUGAUGAUGAAUAAAAUGGACCGGGCACUCCUUGAGCUGCAGCUGGAACCUGAAGAACUGUAUCAGACAUUUCAAAGGAUCGUGGAGAAUGUGAAUGUCAUCAUUUCCACAUAUGGCGAAGGGGAAGGUGGCCCAAUGGGUAAUAUUAUGAUUGAUCCUGUCCUUGGUACUGUCGGGUUUGGUUCGGGAUUGCAUGGCUGGGCCUUUACUCUGAAGCAGUUUGCUGAGAUGUACGUUGCAAAGUUUGCUGCCAAGGGUGAAGGUCAGCUGGGACCAGCUGAAAGGGCCAAAAAAGUGGAGGACAUGAUGAAGAAGUUGUGGGGUGACAGGUUUUUUGAUUCUACCAGUGGCAAGUUUAGCAAAUCUGCCACCAGCCCUGAGGGAAAAAAACUGCCCAGAACUUUCUGUCAACUCAUUUUGGAUCCCAUCUUCAAGGUUUUUGAUGCAAUUAUGAACUUCAAGAAAGAAGAUACCACUAAACUGAUUGAGAAGUUAGAUAUCAAGUUGGACAGUGAAGACAAGGACAAGGAGGGCAAACCUCUUCUGAAGGUUGUGAUGAGACGCUGGUUACCUGCUGGAGAUGCUCUGCUUCAGAUGAUCACCAUUCACCUGCCUUCCCCUGUGACAGCUCAGAAAUACCGCUGUGAACUUCUGUAUGAAGGCCCUCCUGAUGAUGAGGCUGCUAUAGGUAUUAAGAGCUGUGAUCCUAAAGCCCCCUUAAUGAUGUACAUCUCUAAAAUGGUUCCAACCUCAGACAAGGGUCGCUUCUAUGCCUUUGGACGGGUCUUUUCUGGAGUUGUUUCCACUGGCCUGAAAGUCAGAAUUAUGGGACCAAAUUAUACUCCUGGCCGGAAAGAAGAUCUGUACUUGAAGCCAAUCCAAAGAACAAUUUUGAUGAUGGGCCGUUACGUCGAGCCUAUUGAAGAUGUGCCUUGCGGUAACAUUGUUGGUCUGGUUGGGGUGGAUCAAUUCCUUGUGAAGACUGGUACCAUCACCACUUUUGAGCAUGCCCAUAACAUGAGGGUAAUGAAGUUUAGUGUCAGUCCCGUGGUGAGAGUAGCUGUUGAAGCAAAGAACCCAGCUGAUUUGCCUAAACUGGUGGAAGGCCUCAAGCGUUUGGCCAAAUCUGAUCCUAUGGUUCAGUGUAUCAUUGAAGAGUCUGGAGAACAUAUUAUUGCUGGUGCUGGAGAGUUGCACCUGGAAAUCUGCCUCAAGGAUCUUGAAGAGGAUCAUGCAUGUAUUCCCAUUAAGAAAUCAGAUCCUGUGGUAUCAUAUCGAGAGACGGUCAGUGAGGAAUCAAAUGUGCUCUGUCUUUCCAAGUCACCCAAUAAGCACAAUCGACUGUAUAUGAAAGCUCGGCCCUUCCCUGAUGGCUUGGCUGAAGACAUCGAUAAAGGCGAAGUGUCGGGUCGCCAGGAGCUUAAGACCCGGGCUCGUUACCUGGCUGAGAAGUACGAGUGGGAUGUGACAGAGGCCCGUAAAAUCUGGUGUUUUGGGCCUGAUAGCACUGGACCUAAUGUUCUAACAGACAUCACCAAAGGAGUGCAAUACCUAAAUGAAAUCAAGGACAGUGUGGUGGCUGGAUUCCAGUGGGCCACUAAAGAGGGAGCACUAUGUGAAGAGAAUAUGCGUGCUGUUCGAUUCGAUGUACAUGAUGUAACCCUGCAUGCUGAUGCCAUUCAUCGUGGUGGUGGCCAGAUCAUUCCCACUGCAAGGCGCUGCCUAUAUGCCUGUGUAUUGACUGCACAACCCAGACUCAUGGAGCCCAUCUACCUUGUGGAGAUUCAGUGUCCAGAACAAGUGGUUGGUGGCAUCUAUGGCGUCCUGAAUAGAAAACGAGGGCAUGUUUUUGAGGAAUCACAGGUUGCUGGCACUCCUAUGUUUGUUGUGAAAGCUUAUUUGCCUGUCAACGAAUCUUUUGGUUUCACAGCUGACUUGAGGUCCAACACAGGUGGUCAAGCCUUUCCCCAGUGUGUAUUUGACCACUGGCAAAUUCUGCCUGGAGAUCCCUAUGACAACUCUAGCCGCCCAUGUCAAGUUGUAGCCGAAACUCGAAAACGCAAAGGACUGAAGGAAGGAAUCCCAGCACUGGACAACUUCUUGGACAAAUUGUAAAGUUUCUUUCAACACCAGAUCAAUUCCUGUUGAAUUACAACAUGGAGGAGGAAGCAAAUUACUACACUGCAGUGACAUUUCUUUGGUCCUUGUAAUAGAUUUUAGAGCUGGUUGUCAGAAAUUGUUGAUUUUCAGCCUUUUAGGUUUCUAGAUUGUGCGUGACAUUUGGAACACACUUAAUACAUAGCAUUUCCAUUUCAUGUAUGUCAAAUUCCAGUUUCUAAAUUCAAAAUUUUGGAGAGGUUGAUAUAAUUUAGGAAAUAUUUUAGGAGUUUAACUGUAAUAAGAAGUAACUUUCUAGAUAAACUAGAAGGUAUUAAAAUGCUGGGUUGUCCACAGAACAUCUAUAGUUGUAUCUGUCAGAUUGUAAUAAUAAAUUUGAAAUGCUAAUUAACAUAAAUAAACUAGUCAUACAUUCACA